AUGAAAGAUUCAAUGGACGCCCAACUUCGAGAUCAGCAGAUUGGAUUCGGUAAGGAUCGGUCGUGUACAAACCAAACUGCGACACUAUGGAUCAUCGUUGAGCAAUCAAUUGAAUGGUACUCGUCACUAUACAUCAACUUCCUUGACCAUAAGAAGACGUUUAAUAGCAUGGAUGGAAAAACCUUGUGGAGCUUUCUUGUACACUAUGGAGACUGUUCUUCAAAUUUUGUUAUGAAUGCUACGUUGCAUCAAGACAAGUGGGAUCAGAGGGACUUUGGUGAUGCACCAUUGUGUGUGUUCAAAAAUUCCGGAAGCAAAAGAAACCAUUUAUACUUUGAAGGUGAAAGGGAUGUUUGUAAAAAGCCGAGAUUAUCUACUAAAGGGCAAGAUUGCGUUACGACUGUCAGUUCGAAGAUCGCAAACCGCGAACGCACUGAUUCCAAUGGAUACCAAAAACAUUUAGGCAAUAAAUUGCCGCUAAAAAAGGAAUAUGAGUUAAUGAAUGAUCCUACACAAAACCACGUAAUAACUAUUCAUGAAACCUACCAACUUGGUUUCCUGAAUAUAAUGGAGGACAAUAGUGAGAGAAAGCUAUAUACUUUUGACUUCGUGGAUAGCUUGGAAGUCACUUAUCCGGUAAGUAUCACUUCGUCGGAUGCCUUGCCUAUUGAUCUCCCUCCGCUUUUCAUGGAACCGGAGUACUCAGAUCAGCUUACAGCUCUCGCCAACGAUGCUCUCAAUCAACUUACUCAACGUAUUAAUAAUUGGUUGGUUGCUUGUCAAGAAUCGGAUGAGAAAUUGACACUUUGGCGGCAUAUGAGCGCACACCGAGCAUCUGCAGAGCUUAGAUAUCAAACCCUGCGCCUCCUGAAUAUACUUGAACCUCACUUCCAGCACACUAAAUUUGAUCCUCAAUCUCCCAACGUCGAUAAACUUUUUUCCUACAUUUUAAAAAACUUGGAAUUAGGUCAUUCUGCUCAAAGUAAUGAGGAAUUGGAUUUCCCAAAAAAUAAUCCCGUCGUUUCUUUAUGCCCAGAUCCUGAACACUGCCUCAGUAAUUUACGGCAUCUUGUGCUAAGUCUUUUGCAAAAACUCCUCCCACAGUUGGUACUCCCAAAAGAUUUUAAUUCUAAAGAUGAUUUAGUUCCACUUAUCAAUUCAGCUUGUGUUUAUAAUUUAGAUGUGUGAUAUGAACAUCAAGAACUUAUGAUCACAUUUUGAUGGAAAAUUAAAGUGUACAUAUUACUUAUUAUUUUUAUGUGUAUUUUGUGCUAGCUCAUCAAAUUUCAUAGAUUGUGGUUCUGCCACUAUGUAAAUAAUUUUUUUCAAAAAUAAAGAUAUAUUUUAUGCAGUAUGUGCUUUGCAUUUUAAUGUAUCAUUUGUGUGUUAUAAACGAGACCAUAAUGGUUGCUGUUAGUCCAAGAGUAUCAAUUAUUUAACUAUGAUAAUAAAGUCUAGUUUCUCAUUUUAUUACUAAGUGCAGUACAUUCCUGUCGGGCUUAAAAAACGCGAACACCUCUUACUGAGGUAUAUAGAUAGGAAAUGUCAUGUACCUGGCCCUAGACAGUCUGGUAGUUUUAAGCAUAUACUUAUUUCGUUGUUGUAAAACACAUGUCUUUGAAAUACAAUUAGCGAUUCAUGUGUAGGAUGCAUUUCCAUAUGUACAAAAUGUUGCUUCAGAAAUGGUUUCGGCUAACGCCUAAAAUGGUUAUAGGGAAUAAAGUAGUUAAGCGUGUUGUGCAGUUUGCUCACCCAAAUUGCGUCAUCUGUUACGGAACCGAGAUGCCAAUUUGCCAACAAGGCUGACUGCUCAGCAUUCCGUUCUGCACUGUUCCGUUUGUGAAAUACAUGCUUUAGAAAUAGGAGUAAGCUGCAGAUUUGCGACCGAUUGUGCUUUCGAAGCAUUGUGU